ACUCAAACUCAACCAAAGAUUGACAUUAGCAUUCUUUGUCAAAUUUAUAGCAUUACAAAUUUUUCAAUCAUCGUCAGUUGGUUAAUCUCACUUUCUGGAAACGAUGAGUGGCCUUUUUACAUAACAAGCGCACCGUUUCUGACCUUGAACUAGUAACUGAGAAAAAAUACCACCUACUGCAACACAUCUGCGAUGGAAUUUAUUUUCUCCGUCAAUAUGCUAAUCUAUUCCAAAUGCUAGACGUGGUGUAAAAAAUUCAUCCCAUUAAAGCUGAUAGAGGCAGGCGACAUGAAACCAGACACCUAUCGAACCAGGUUGAAGUUGAAUGUCUUAUCUUGCACCUUUUCGACUGGACCGCGCGACAAAAGGUUCAGCAUAUUAUCAAUCGAUGCUGCGUGUUGUGCUGUGUGUAUCUAUAUCGGGAGGGGACAAUGUGAAGAAGAUACAUUUGCACAUAAAACAUGACAGAAAACAGGGGGAGGAACAUCGUUUUGGGCUGAAGAUUCGCUCAGAUAAAAUGCCAAAAACAGAACGCAAGACGAAAGUUUACAUCAGUCCGUAACUAAACGUGAGUGCAUAAACCUUCCUAGUCCUAGCUAGAAAACACUUAAUUCGUGAAAAUGUAUAAACCAGUGUUCCUUGUCCUGCUGAUAGUUGGAAUAGUAUCAGCUGCACGGAUAAAACGAUCCCCGGUUAGUGAAGAUGCAGACGCGACCGUUCUCAACCAAGACUUGAUUCUCAACGGUGAUGGCAGUUAUUCUUUCAAUUACGAAACUAGCAAUGGCAUAAAAGCAGCGCAGCGGAGCGAGGAUGGCAUCAACGUCAAAGGCGAGUUCUCUUACAGGGGUGUGGAUGGAAACGAAUAUCAGGUUAGCUACGUUGCUGACGAAAGGGGAUUCCAACCGAGAGGAGCUCAUCUACCGUUAGAACCGCCGGCCCCGGACUACGUGAUCGAGAUGUUGGAAGAUUUACGAGCAACCAAUAACGAGGACUUCGAUUUAGCUGCCCUGGACGCGGCGAUCGCGAGGUUGAAGGCUACGCAUGCUGCAGCGUGAUGAGGGGCCAGUUGUUUUUAUUAGGGUUUAAUUUUAAUUUUUUCGGGUUCUGCAAUUCUGCGGCUCGUUUAUGUCUAAAGAACGCAAUGUUGCCUAUUUUUUAAAUAAAACGAGGACAUUUUGGACAUGUACAUUUGUCAUGGAGUGUUUCAUGUGUUUCAUUCGAUUUUUUUUAUUUUCCUUUGUUUAUACUCUUGUCCUAAAUUGCUACUUGUUACUAGUUUCAGUAAUUGAAAACAGAGAAAAACAUACGAGUGCAUAUUAAAACUAAGCAAGAAUAAACA